AAAAACAAGAACUGAAUUCUGAAAGAGCAAAAUCAGUUCAACUUAAAAAUCAGAUCAAACAUCUUGAGCACAAAAACGAGAAGAAUCUCGCUGAAAUGAAAGCACAAAGAACUGCUUUUAAAAAGGCCACCGACCGUACUAUGCAACUGGAACAAUCUUUGAUGGCUAAAAAACAARAGACUGAACAGGUAGAGAAAUCUCUGGACCGUUUAAAGAAAUACAUCGAAGAACAAAAGAAAGAAUGGAAUGAAGAAAGAACAGGCCUCCUUGUUCAGCAGUACCAGAUGCGUGCCCAAUAUGAACGAGCUGCCGCCAAAAUACAAGAGACUCUGCUGUCUGAGAGACGAGAUUUAGAACACUCACAACACCAGGUGAGGCUUCUAGAAACCUCAYACAAAGCAAAAUGCGCUGAACUUCAGCAAGUAAAGGGCUCGACACACGGGAGGCGACGUCGCUCGCUCUCCAUUCAUGUCUUAUGGAGCGUGUGCGGUGAGGCGACAAUCGCUUGCCCUCCUCC